AGUCGUUAUAACCGGAUGCCACUAAUUAUAAGUCAAUCAUUUCGAAAAGCAGUCAUCAUGAAACUACAACUAUUGGCACUGGUAUAUUGUUUGGAGCACUUUCAAGGGAUUGCAAACGCUUAUCGGUGUUUCUAUUUAAGCACAAGGGAGGCCACCUGGCAUGAAGCUUGGCAGAUAUGUAAGAAACAUCAUCUCUGUUUUGCCAAUUUCGAGUCGACCACCGAAUACAAUGCACUGGCAAGGAAAAUGAUGUCAAUAGAUCGAGCUGACUAUUGGUUUGGUUUCAAGGACGAGUACGGAAUUAUCAGAGCGCAAUCCACAUCGAUAGAGAGCAUCAUGAAAUACUCUCCAGGAAUCAAAAAACAAAUUGGUGUUAACGAUAACUGUGGCUACAUAAAUACACAACGCGACAUUUCAACCACUGAUUGUAAUACAAAAAAACGAUUUGCAUGCCUUAAAGCCGUCAAAUGCUUUAAUCUCGGUAUGACACCUACGACGGUGAACGAGGCAGAGGUGUUGCCUGGAAUUGUGCCGUGCAAAAUAAAACCCCAGAUCCGGGAAAAGCUGGAGCUAGAUAGCAAAUAUUUUGAUGAGCUAUAACGAAUAAAUAUCGAUACAUGUCAA